AUGGCCAAGCCCUAUGAACCUCCGCCAGAUUAUCCUAUGAUAGAUGAGGAAUGGGAAAAUAAGAAACGUAUAAGCUAUUUCCAACAAUUCCCUCAACGACAGCAUAACCCUCAUAACCCUCAUUCGCGUCAUUUUGUUUCGAACGUUCAUUUUGAUCCGAGUGAUUACCAGAAGCAUCAGCCAAUAAACCAACGUUAUUCUCAAUACGAUAAUCCCUCAUCGGUAAUGCUUCGAACUCGUCAGUUUCCGGAGGUUGCCGGAAUCUUUGGAUGUGAUGAUCAGCCAGCACUUCGCCGAUUUGUUCGUUUCAACAACGACAACAACUCUUCUCUAACCCUGAGAGAAGUACCUUCAGGACCUAUCCAACAAUCCACAACAUUCUCCAAAAGUAGCCGUAAGCCUUCAUUUUUUACUGGAAAUUGGACAUUCCGAGAAAAAAAAUCAACAGCUCGUCCAUCGAUUGAUGCAAAAGAGACUUUUCGACGUGAUGAACGUCCUGUUAGCAUCAAUUUAUCAGACUUUCGUGGAUUUCGUAGUCGAAGUGAAACUUCGGGUGUACGAUCUGGUCGUUCAGAUAUCUUUCAACCGAUUAAUGAACGACAGUCUGUCGAUGUUUCAACAAAUGAUCGAAUUGUACCAAAUCGCUCUUCUUACAUAUCUAAUGAUAAUUAUACAACGCGGAUCGUGUUGGAUGAUGCUCCAGUCGCAGUCUUACGCUCCAAAGAUACUGAGACGAAAAGAAGUCCCGAAGCAACGUUUUAUCUGAGGAAAAGCUGUCCAGAUUUGGAUGCUGUUGGUGCUUUGAACAGCUAUGAUGAUGCGAAGAUUGUUAUAAAAAAAAGAAAUAGACGAGCGAAAGAGAAAGCUGCUGAAGCUAAAUGGCGUUUCAAAGCUAUUCAAGAGUGGUGUUUGGAUGAUGUAUUAUUAUGGUUACAGCACCUUCAUCAGGAUGAAGUGGCUUCAUUACUUAUCGGCUAUGAUCUUAAAGGAGAAGACCUACUCUCAUGGGAUGAUCAAUGUUUAACCCAACUUGGUGUCAACGAUGCAUCAACAAGAAGUUUGAUAUUGACUGAGUUGAAGGAAUUACGUGAGCGCGGACCAAUGAAAGCUGAGAAAAAGAUGAACAGAACACUUUUCGAUUUAGUGAAACAAACAAGUUAUGAUCAGGUUCUGGCUGUUGAGACACCUUUAACACCUAGAGAUAUAACAGUUACACAUGGUCGCUUAGGAUGCUUACAAAUAACCAAAGUUAAUGGUUCUAAUUUAGCUUUGAAAGAACAUGACUGUUUAUUGGAAAUCAAUGAAAGAUCUGGAGAUCAAUUCAAAUCUGCCUUAAUGCUUACAAAGCUUAUAACUUCAUCAAAUGGACAGCCUAUCAGAUUUGUUGUGUUAAGACGACAAAACAAAGAUAUCAGCGACGAUAGUGCGCAUGAAACUUCCAGCAGUGGUGUAUCAUCUUCACCCCAAUCACCGAUAGAGUGA